UACGACUACCGGAAGUGACUUUCCACUAGCAACAGAAGCUACACGAGCAAAGUUUUUUUUUUCUUUUUUUACGUAUAUGAAAUUAUCUCGUUGCGACAGUCCCCUGAGCAUAAUGGCGUCUCUUUAAAGCUACAGCAGGUUUUCUGAAUAGUGUUUUUAUUUUUAUUUUUUUGUUAUUUUUAUUUUUCGCUGCAUUUCCUCUUGUAAGCGUUAGCUUAGCCUGUUAGCAGGAGGCAGACAGGAAAACAGCAACCUGGUAACUUUGAUGGAGAACAAGCAGCUUAUGGGUGAAGUUUUAAGGAGAGAAAACGUUUCUGCUGACGCUGCUUACGUCACCGAGAAGCUGCGCGCACAGCGUGGCAACGGAAGCGCUGCCUGACAUGGCGGAUCCAUCGGAGGAAACAGAACAGGACCAAAUUUAAUGCUGACAUAAAACCUCCGCCGCCGUCAAAAUGUCAGGUUGUUGCGUAAACGGCUGUUCGAACCGAUAUUCCCGGGACGGGUUCAAGUUCUACCGCAUACCGAGGGGCAAUCGGCCCUUCCAGAGCAACCGAAGGCGGCUGUGGCUCCAGGCUAUCAACCGGGAGGAUUGGACCGAGGAUGUGAUAAAAAAUGCACGCAUCUGUGGUGCCCAUUUCAUAUCAGGGGAAGCGUCACUGGACUGGCAAAGUCCUGAUUUCGUGCCUUCUGUGUUUGUGAACACUAAGAACAGCCAGAGUCGUGGGGCAAAUGUGGAAAGGUGCUAUAGGAUAAAGAGGAGAGAUGACGAUAUAGACGAGCCUCCAGAUCAAGCCAACUCUUGUGAAACUCCAGAACAUCAAGACGAAUCCAGCAUGGAACAAUGUCCGGAUGUCCUGAAGCUGGUGGUGAUCAAAGAGGAGCUUCCUGCAGAGGAGCAGAAUCAGAGUCCCACGCUGGCCCAGGAGGACCAAAAGCCCCCACAGAUUAAAGAGGAACAGGAGGACACCGAUAUUACGAAGUUCAUAUUCGAUCCUGUAUCUGUAAAGAGUGAAGAAGAUGAAGAGAAACCUCAGCUCCCAGACCUUCUUCACUGUCAAACUGAGGAGAGGAGAGAAACCGAUCAAUGUUUUAAGUCAGAUGAUGAAGACAGAACCUCUAAUUGUUCUUCAGAGACAGAUGUCAGCGACGGAAACUGGGAGGAAAGUGAAGCUCAGUCGGGCAUAGACUCUGAGAAAAAGAAUGAAGUCGCUUUUGGUGAAAGAAAACGCGAGAACGGUAAAAAGUUACACAUUUGCCCCGACUGUGGUAAGACAUUCAGAAGCAGGCAAGGUUUGCUAGGACACAACAGAACGCACACAGGAGAAACUCCUUUCAGCUGCCCCAUCUGUAACAAAACCUUCUCUUCAAAAGGAAACUUGCAAAAACACACCAAGGUCCACACGGGGGAAAGACCUUUCAAAUGUUCCACCUGUGGCGCGGCUCUGAAAAGUAAGAACGCGUUGAUAGAGCACACGCGAACCCACACCGGGGAGAAGCCUUUCUGCUGCCCUCUCUGCGGACGCAGCUUUGGCUUCAGGUCGUAUCUAACCGUCCACAUGAAAUGUCACUCUGAGGAAAAACCUCACCGCUGCUCCGUCUGCACGGCGGCGUUCAAGAGGAAGAACGCUCUGCUGGCGCACGUAAAAACCCACACCGGGGAGAAGCCUUACAGCUGCUCGGUCUGCGGUAAGAACUUUGCUCACUGCGUGAGUCUGACCUGUCACAUGAGAAGUCACACAGGGGAGAGACCCUACAGCUGCUCCGUCUGCAAGGCGACAUUCAAGUGGAAGAAUACGUUCACAAACCACGCAAAAAUCCAUUCAGGUGAUUAACCUUUUAGCUGCGAGGACUGGUCGAAGCUGCUCUGUCUGUAAAACAGCUUUUUAAAGGACUCAGAUCAGGGGACGUGUGCUUUUCAGUUCUUCGUCUUUACAUUUCGACCAAGUUGUGGUCGAUAACCUGGAACUGCAAUACUUUGGUGUGAAUUCCUCGUGAAUUUACUCCCAUGCUUCCCCUUUCUACCUCUGCUCUGAGGUGGAUCUAAGAGCAACUCGUUUUAGUGCAGCGUCUUUAAAGGAGGCACUUUCACAGCACACAU